AUGGUUGCGCUUCAGAUAACACUAACGCUGCUUCUCAGCGCCGCAAGCGCUAUUCCGACUAGUGCACCGUGGCCUGAAUACGACAUCAAUGGCCAGCUCCAGGACUUGGCCUUGGACAGGAGAGCGCCCGCUAUCUGCCAGCCCAACGACAAAGAUAUCGUGGCCCUGAGGAGCAACAAAGCAGCUGGAUCUGCAUUCUGCUCAACCUACCUUCAAAGCACCAAAACCAUAACAACUACCCCUCUGGUCACUAGCGACAUGACCAAGAUGGUAACCAAGACGGCAAUACUAGUUCAAAUUCAGAGAGUCCACGUCAAUGUGAAUCACAUAGUUCGAACAAAGGUGAUGAAAACACUUUCGACGGUGGUCACGGAGACACAAACAGCUACUGUUACCGACUUUUCGACUCAGACAAUCACGAAUACCAUGACGGAUCUUUCGACUGACACAGAUACUACUCAAAUGACCGAGACUCAGACACAGCAGUUGACGGAUGUAGUCACUGAGCAAGUCACCCAGACCAUCACCAAGACAAUCGACUUGACCUCUACCGUGGACGUUACAGACAUUGAUACGCAAGAGAUCACCGUGAGUGUCCCAACCACAGUCACAGUCACAGUCACAGUCACAGGAGCAGCUCCCACAACUUCAGUUGGCACAGAGUACCACUGCGCUAUUGCUGGUUAUGGACAUAGUUCGUAUUCAGUCGGCUCAAGCUCUGCUAACACCUUCGACGCUUGCAAGACGUUUUGCCAAACAAAGCAGGGCGCUGUCAGCUUUGGAUUUGGACCUGGCGCGUGCGCAUGCUACAACCAACCAGCGGCUAUCAACACAAAUCCAAACCCAGCCAGUAGCUACAAAUUCUAUGAUUUUGGAUGCCCGUCGGCAAGCAAGCCGGCCAAGCGAGCCGUGUCUAUCAAGCAGGUUCCUUCUUACCUGCCACUCAAGGAUCCUAGCGUUGUUAGCAGUGCUUGUUCGUGUCACAUUUCCAACAAACCGGCUGCCGCAAAAACACAGACCGUUGCUGCCAAGGAAACCAAGACUGUCACUAAUAUGGCAAAAGAGUAUACAACAAGCUAUAUUAAAAAGAAGCAGGUGACUACCAUCUACAAUCAAGUAACCAGAAUGGCAACAGACUUCAAAACCUUGGCGGUAACAAACCGCGACACCAAAUCGGUGACACAGCGCAAGAGUGCCACGACGACCAAGCCAGUUACUGUCACGGUGACAAACUACACAACCGUGGUUGUCACUAACUACAACACGGUCGGUGUUACAAACCGCUACACGAUCCAAACUACGAACUACAAUACUGCAUCUGCCACUGCGUAUAACAGUGUGUUUGUAACUAAUGUGGAUUAUCUUACGGUCACCGAGUAUGGUACGGUUGUUGCGACUGAUGUUGUGACAAAUACUGUUAUACUUGCUGCAUCGGGUGCAGAUCCAUAUGUUUGGGGGUCUUAG